AUGAGUAGUGGACAUGUAAGGAAUAUUUCGCGGUUAAGAGCCAAAAUUUUCGGUCGAUUGCCUUUUAAAACUGAUCCUAAAUCUUAUAAAGUGGUCAAAGCUUUUCGACAACAACCUAAAGGUCCACAGAUUGUGGAAUAUACGCAACCUAUUCAACGUUUCAAUUCUCUCCUCCUUCGAUUGCGCCAUAUGGGAUUAUACACAGAUGAGCACUUGGACUUCAUAGAUGAAAAUGAGCAAAAAAGAAGAUUGAAAGGAAAAGUUCCACCAAAGAAGGGGCAAGGUAGAAGAUCUGCAAAGAAGAAGUAACCUGAAAGCGCAUCAAUAUUUAUUUAUUCUUGAACUUGAUCAGAGAAAUUUCCAGUAUUUAGUGGAAACGAUAUACCUACUGUAUAUUCUAAUACAUAUCUGUGGUAAUAGUUAGACCUGUUUUUAUCCUUGUCAAUGAAGCAGUUAUUCUUUUGUCACAUCCGAAUAAGAUCUGAUGCUGUUUGUACAGUAUAUGUUGUACAAAUUUAUGGAGCAGGGAUAGGUAUAAAACCACUGUGUAAAGGAGGUCGUAUUGGCGAUGCAUUGAUAGCCGUCUGAUCGCAACACCCUAUAUACGGUACAGUAUAUGAAGCAACCCUAACAUUUAUCAUUUUUAGAUACCGCUAUAAUAAUAUAUCAUCAGAG